ACCCCCAAUAGUCUUUUAAUUAUACCAAACUAUCUGAAGCCUCGUCGUCUGUGUAUACCCUCGCAUCUGUAUCAUCAAUAGUUCCACUUACGUUACAUCUAUUGUAAUCACUGCAACGAUGGAGUCUUUUGCAAAGCUCAAGCGUCGCGGUGCCGACUUAUUCAAUUCCCUUCCGCACAGCUUACCUUCGAUGCCCCAGUUGCCCCAGCUGCCUCACCUGCCUCACCUGCAGCGUGCAGGAGGAGGUAGCCCGGCGAUGAAGGGCACAUGGCAAAAUAUCUCUAUCCCGUCUCUACCGCGAUCUUCCCAUUCAAUCGAUAUCAUUGCUGGUAACGCAUACAUCUUCGGUGGCGAGGUCGAACCUCGUAAGCCUGUCGACAAUGAUAUGCACGUCGUUGUUCUUCCCUCGAGUAGCGCUUCCGCCGAUUACUAUGCCGUCAAGGCCAAACCAUCUUCCAGAGAACAGCUCGCUGAGAGAACCCCGGCGCCUAUCACAGAGGAAGACGAAACCGCAGCUGAACUCAAAGAUCCUCUAACUGAAGUCCCUCUAAGCUCUCCACCUCCAACUUCAGCCGAGGAACCAUCGUCCGCAGCAUCCGACAAGGGUAAGGCUAAAGAACUCAUCUCCGAAGUUCCCUGCGCCCGUGUCGGUCACGCUACCGCUGUUAUCGGUUCCCGUAUCUUCGUCUUCGGCGGCCGAAGCGCCGAGUCCGCCUCCGAACCUCUCGACGAAAAUGGCCGUGUCUGGGUCUUCGAGACGAAGACGCACACGUGGUCAUACCUAGAUCCGUACCGCAACAGCCCCGUCCCACCCCCACGAAGCUACUUCACCGCCGUCGCAACCGACAAGCCCCGCGACUUUGCCAUUAAACCUCUACGCCGCACCUCGAGUUGGAAAGAAUGGGCCGAGGGCGACUCAGCCGAGAUUGGAAUCCCGCAACGUCCGAUCGCCGGGAAUGUGGCCGCCAGCGCGACAGAUGAAGAGGAUGCCGGAUUCGGUACUUUCAUCAUUCACGGCGGUUGCACGGCAGGCGGCAGCCGGACCGGCGACUUAUGGGCUUUUGAUGUGCGCAGCUGUACUUGGAAGGAGCUCCCUUCGGCACCGGGUGCGCCCCGGGGCGGGGCCGCGCUUGCCAUCGCUAAGAGCAGAUUAUACCGCUUCGGUGGCUUCGACGGCAAGGACGAACUCGGCGGUCAAUUGGACGUGCUGGAUCUCGCGCUUGACGAAUUCGAUGAUCGUGUUAGUAAGGGCGAGAUCGGUGUUUUCGCUCGCGGCGAUUGGCAGACUCUCGUUGCACCUGCUACGUCCGCGCCGCCUCCGAGCGGGACUGAUGAGACGGCUAAGCUGGUAGCUACUGAGGAGUGGCCUGGUAACCGCAGCGUUGCUAGUAUGGAGCUCGUUCUUGGUGGUGGCGGACGUGAAUACUUAGUCCUAGCACUUGGUGAGCAAAGUCCUAGCGCUGAGGGUCAUGCCGGGGCAGGCAGGUUCUACAGCGAUGUAUGGGCGUUCCAAGUGCCUCCGCUAGGUAUGACAGCUGCGAGUGUCACAGAUGCCUUCCUACAAGCUGUGGGGCGAAAGACGGGAGAGGGCCGAUGGACAAGAGUCACGACGGGACCGUACGAUAAUGAAGUCGCUGCGGAUGUAGAGGGCCCAGGACCGAGGGGUUGGGUCGCAAGUGCGCCGCUAGGUGACCUCGAGGAGAACGCCAUUCUGAUUUUUGGUGGAUUAGGCGAGAGUAACAAGAGACUCGGAGAUGCCUGGAUAUUUAGGUUGGAGUAGGAGGUAUAUAUGUAAGUAAGGCGAUGAGUUAAUUUUAAAUUUGGACCGGGAAAUAUGUGAGAUUAGCUACGAUUAAGUUUGGCCGGGUUAACUGAUUUCGAAACGGAUUUAUGAUAAAACAAAGUACGGAAUGUUAUCAAAUGAACAAUA